UGGGAGUGAAGAAUAUAUCAAUUACUUAGUAUUUAUAUAGUAUUUAUUUAAACUAAAGAGGUUCUUAUUAUUGGUAAGAACAGAUAAACACAACACAAUGCAGGAACGAAGUACAGUACAAAAUUAAGUAAGGGAAAAAAAACAGUAUACACAAUACAAUCAGAGAAAAUCAAGGACAUACAGUGCACUUUUUGUAUGGUUUGCAUGCCAGGUUCAUAACCUGUAUCACUUACAUUAGUCCACUUUGCACUUUGUGGUGCAAAAGGCCAUCACCAGAGCUCGCCAUUUUGGUCUGUCAGCAGCACGUCACCUGGUGUGCUUCUUCCCCGUCACUGUUGACCUGAACUCUGGGACGUAAGGUUUUUGAUGAGGUAGCGGUGUCAACCCCACAUUCAACUCUCCUCCUUUAUCCAGGCAUGAGACUGGCAUGAACCUCAACAGAGGGUCCAGCAGAGUUACAUAACCGAUGUAGAGAUUUUUUUUUUUUUUUUAAUUAAUCUCAAGUACAAACAAGCUUACAUAUUUCUGUUAAAUAAAUUACAGAUCUUUAUAGUUAUAAGUGCUUUUACCUUUAAGGAGGGCACUAAUUUGAGCUAAUGUAAUGUGAUAAUCUCCCUUUGUAAAAAAGAAAGCACGACAUCUCACCUGGGGGGCGUUUGCCUCGCACCUCCGGGGUUGAGGGUUCGAGUCCCGCCUCUGCCUUGUGUGUGUGUGUGUGUGUGUGUGUGUGUGUGUGUGGGGAGUUCGCAUGUUCUCCCCAUGCUUCGGUUGUUUCCUCUGGGUUCUCCGGUUUCCUCCCCCAGUCCAAAGACAUGCGCUGUAGGCUGAUUGGCAUCUCUAAAUUGUCCGUAGUGGGUGAAUGUGUGUGUGAGUGUGAGUGUGUGUGAUUGUGCCCUGUGAUGGGUUGGCACCCCGUCCAGGGCGUCCCCUGGGGUAACCUGGGGAAGGCUCCGGGUUCCCCGGGACCCCGUGUAGGAUAAGUAUUACAGAGGAUGGAUGGAUGGAUGGACAUCUUACCUUAAAAUUUACAUUUAUGGAUAUUAAAAAUGAGUCAUUAUUACUGUAAGAUUAAUCACAUGUGCAUGUGUGUGAAUUUCUUUAUGAAUUUUUAGACCACACAACACGUUUGUGUAAUAAACUAAAAUGCUUCUUUAUUACAAAAAGUACAAUCUGUGCUGAUGCUUUUCGUAAGUUUUAUGAAAGAAAGCCGUUAUUAGCUAUGUAGACUGUGGGGAGAUAUUUUGGAUUCACUCUUUCACUGACGGUCCGUCGCGCGUCGUUUGACGUCAUUAAAAGGCGACGCGCUCUUUGUGUUUACCUCUGGGUUGAAGAAGCAGCGUUUCCUCUGCAGACUUUUCACGCUUUUAUGCUUUCCUGUCCACCAUGGCAAGUUCGACGGUGAAAUUUACCUGGUGUUCCUGCCGCAUCUAUAAAAUCCAGUCCAAAGACACACACGAAAACUGUUUAAUCUGCCUGGGAAUCCAGCACGCCAAAGAGGCCGUCCUGGAGUACGGAAAAUGCCCGCACUGUGCCAAGAUGGACUGGAGCACUUGUAUCAAGCGUCUCACCAAGGUGCAGGAGGUGAUCCAUCAGGAGGCCCAGCAGCGGAAAAAUGAGGCGUCUCAGACGGGAAUUCAGCCUAAACUUGAACCGGUGGCAUCGUCUGCUAUGGUUAAAGAAGCUAAAUCUGUGAAGGUGGUGCCUGCUACACCUACAGUAUCGGAGACCGAAAAUGCUGCUCCUGCGCCAUCUUUCUCCACCGCACCUGUCAUGUUCACGCUUCUCUCUCCAUCUUUGGGCCGACCUGACCCAAAUGCUGCAGCGGUAAAAGGUACAUACGUAUCACAUGUAGCCUUGCAGCAUACGCUAGACUCGGCUCCGUCUGUAGCGCCUACAUCGGUGCCUUCGAUCUCACACAAGAGACGCCGUUCGUCUAGGUGUCACCCAUGCCGCGUGAGGCACUCGAGCAGGGGCUGCGAACGGAGACGGAAACACUCCCCUUCUUCAUCCUCGUGUUCGUCCUGGAGCUCUGAAUCCUCCUGCGAAUCUGUCAGGGAGAAGAGGGGACGACGGGAAAUGAGGAGUUCUGCUAAAAUCAACGGCGAUCAGCUGCUUAAGAUGGUGCAGCAGAAACUGGAAGCCCAACAGAAAGCCAUGCAGGUACAAUGGAGCGUGAUGGAGAGAAGGCUGGAUGUCUUGGAGAAGAGGAGUUCAACCGCUGUUCCAAAUUCAGCAGAAAUCUCCCAAGUGUUCCCCAUAUCCCAAGUGGAUCAGGGACAACAGACGGGUACGGCUACCUGUUCUGGAUCUGCUCCACUUUCAAAUGCACUAAAACAAGAAGACGGGCCAACAGAUGUCUCACAUGCUGUAAAAUCCAGUUUACCGCUGCGAGUGAGUUCAAUGCAAGAGGUUCUCACGUCCGAAGAGCUGCAGAAUCUCGUAGUACGUGCAGCCAAACACUUGGGUAUCGAUUUUCCCAAAUCCCAAAAUGACUCACUACAUCCAAUUAUGGUCCCAGAGAUUGAGGACUUGGUCCAAAGUACAUGGUCCAACCCAGCGAGCUCACAGCCCUUCAGGCCAGUGUUUUCUGAGUUGUACAAGCUGCACGAAAGCCAGGCUCCACCUUACGAUCAUAUGCCUCAAGUCAACAAGCUUAUGUCAGCCAUCUUCCAAGCCGUCAUGCCUACAAGAAACAGAGAACAGCCCGUUCCUCCUGAGCACUGGAGGUUCACUGAAGCGCUUGCAGAAAACUCGUAUCGAACCGCCGGCAUGCUAGCAAAGACAGCUAACUACCUGCGAUACUUGUCAGAUUACCAGAAGUGCCUUUUGGCAGAGAUUUCUGAAAACCCAACGCCUCAAAGGCUCACAGAUGUUCUCAGUGAGCUUAAGCUCAUCGGAGAGUUCACUUUUCAGCUCUCCUCACACCAGGCAGAACUUUCUGGAAGGAUCAUGGCAGCUUCUGUGGCUGUUCAACGCCAGAUAUGGAUGGCCAAGACCAGCUACACAGAUUCGCUGAAAGCUACAUUUGCAGAUCUUCCGUUUGUUGUCGAGACUCAAAAAUAGAUGCUUGGAACUGAUUCGUUUCUGUUGCUUAUGAAUAACAUGUUACAUGACGACUUUUGCAUUUUAACAUGUACAUUUUGAUGUCUUUUUGUUGUCUCCAGGGUGUUUUGAUGUCUCCAGGGGGGGUACACACCCCUAAACUAAUAAUUCAUUAAAGCACCUUUUGCUUGUAACACGGGACUCAGUCUUUUUUGGGUAAGAAUCUACCAAGUUAUCACAUUAUGAUUUGGUAAUUUUAUUCCACUCUUUGUUGCAAAAAUGCUCCAGAUCUAUCUGAUUGUGAGGGGAUUUCCUGUACACAGCCCUGUUCAGGUUAUUCCACAGGUUUUGGAUAGGAUUUCGAUCUGGGCUGUGACUGGGACAUUCCAAAACUUGAUUGUCUUCUUUGUUCCUCUGUUGACUCAGAUUUGUGCUUUGGGUCGUUAUUGUACUGGAGGUGAAAUUUUUCUUCAUCUUCAGCUGUUUAACAGAGGCCAGUCGGUUUUGUGCCAAAAUCAUGUGGAGCUAGCUAUGAUUCCCUCUACCUAACCCCAGUCCUAGCUGAAGAGAAGCAGCCCCACAGCAUGAUGCUUCCACCACCAUGCUUCAUCAUGUGUAUGGUGUUCUUUGGGUGAUGAGCUCUCUCGUUUUUGCACCAAACAUAUUUUUUAGAAUUAUGCCCAGAGAGUUCUACUUUGGUCUCAUCAGAUCAUAACACAUGUCUGGUGUGAUUUAGGUUCUGCCUGGUACUCUAGGUCUUCUGGCAGCCUCCCUGAUAAGUUUUGCUCUUGGUCCUUUGUCAGUUUUAAAGGGAAGUUGUUCUUGACGUCACUGUGGUGCUCAAUUUUCUCCAUUUGUUGAUGAUGGCCUUCACGGUCUUCCACGGUACAGCUAAUGUUUUAGAAAUUCUUUUGUACCCUUUUCCAGAGUGAUAGCUUUCGACAAUGAGAUCCCGUACAUGCUUUGUAAGCUCUUUUGCAAACUAUGGCUUCAGCAGUCAGAUGAAACCAGGAUGAUGCCGAGAAAAUCCUACAGAAAUAGCUGAUCUUUAUUUGGUGUUAAUCAGAAUGUAUGAUCAUUACUUUUGAACCUGAGUUUGAAUGUGAUUGCUUAAUUCUGAGCGCAGUCCCAUUCCCCAUUACUGUAUAAAAGGGUGUGCACACUUAUGAAACCAGGUUACUGUAAGUUUCUUUUUCUUUUCUUUUUUUUUUUCCUAAAAAGUUUCUGUUUGUCUUUCACUUGAGUUUUGUUGGCUGCUUUGUCACAUUAAAGGUGGAAAAUGACCUGGCAUGAUUUUAUCUUGGUUUCAUUUUUAACAUCACAAAACCCUGCAGUUUUAACAGACUUUUUACAUGUACAGUGACAAAAUAAUCAUUUAUACUUUGUAGAAUUAAUGAUACACAUUUUUUUUUUACUCUAUGGCUUUGGUUUAGUUUCAGUUAGCCAGUGUGCCAGGAUGGAAAUACUCUAAACUCUUUACUUUUAUAACGUUUUUUGUUCUGUUCAUUCUAGUUCAUUCAACCAGGAUUACAGACACACCUUGCUGGAUAUUAGAUGUUAAAGUUGUCCAUGCAUUAAAUUUUGUUUGUAUUUUUGCUUCUGUUUGCCCUGUUAAUUCAGUAAACCUUCAUCUUCAUUUCAGUCAAUACUCUUACUCACGUUCAUGUAAAUAUUCUUCAACGAAUAAAUUGUAUUUCUGGAUUUCUGGUUAACAGUUUCAACACUUAGAGAAGUCGUGGGACUGAAUUUUUUUUUAAACUACGCAGCCUGCACUAGUAUUAUUAUUAUUAUUAUUAUUAUUAUUAUUAUAACUCUGACACAAUGUGCAUGUAAGUGGAUGGCUGUGUUCAGAAUAGCAUACAUAGAGCAUCAGUACACACUACUCAUACAUUAUAAAUUAAUAUUUCAGUUUUUCCAGAAAUACCCAGAUGAUGUGCUAUAUGGGUCAAAUUUCUACGUUUGAAACAACAGAUACCUUUGUACUGCCCACAAUGCAAUGUGUUUACAUCAUUUUAAAAGUAAAUAACACUGAGAAACAGGUGAAGACAGCAACAGAUUUUCUUUGGCUCAGGGUUGCUUUAGGUCUUUCCCAGAAGCAAAAUUCUGAAUGUCCGUGUAUUUCCCAGUGAGCACGGGCAAGUCAACCUUUAAGUCUUGCCUAACUUAAAUUGGCUCAUAAAAAGAUGGCGUCAUUGCUCUGCUUUGAUUGGGCCCAUAAAACUACAUCUUUUUAUUGUUUAUAUUACGUUUGACAUCAUGUAAAUACCACAAUAGUUGUCUUUUCUAAAUCACUGAGAAAUUUUGACAAAAAUCUGGAUAUCUAAUUAACAAAGGUGUAAUUGACAUUGUUAGAUACGAAAUCUUUUAAAAUAUCUUUGUAU